AUGCUUACAUUGAAGCCAAGAACGGAGCAGAUGGGGAGGCCAGCGGUUCUGUUCACACGAGGUCCAAACCUUAUUCGUCAGCCAUCAGCAGAGGAUCUAGAUGCGGCACAUCAACUGGUCUCAUCCGCACGGGGGGGACGAAGCGGUGGUGAUAGCAGCGACGAGAGACUCAGGACUGUGGACACACAUGGCCCUUCUCUAGAUGAUCGCUCAACCGACUUCCUUGCAGUUCCAUCGGUCACCAAUGGCCAGGCAGCGCUCUCAGGACAAACCUGCAGGUGCGAAAUACACGUUUCUUCUAGCAUUGUCGGUGGCUUGUUAACGUAUUGCAGCAAUUGCGGAACCAGCAGCACUCCUCUUUGGCGAAGAUCACCGACAGGAACUAUCAUCUGCAAUGCAUGUGGUCUCUAUCUCAAAGCUCGCAACCACUCCCGACCCACCAAUUUCAAAAAACCAUCUCCUUCCACAAUUUCCACCUUAGCAGGCAAGCGUGGCCGUCCGUCGAGUUUGUCACCCUCUGCCGAGUCUCCUGUAUCGAAUCAUUUAAAGCAGCCGUCCGGGUCGUACAGAGCGCCAGAGCACUCUUCAGGCUCAUGCCCAGGAGGCGGACAAUGCAACGGCGCCGGAGGCGCUGAGACCUGCAGCGGUUGUCCAGCAUUCAAUAACCGCCUUGCAAAAACAACCAAUGUGAUAGUAACACCGGAGCCCUCACCCAGAGAUACACCAGAGAGCUCGACAGUAGACGGCGACCGGUCGGAAGGCACAGUCCUAGACCCUGAGCAGACCUCUCCACCUGAAUGGGAAACUGAUGUACAACAAGAACCAGGCCAACCGGAAGGCGGUACGUCGUUGUUGGUAGCAUGCCAGAAUUGUGGAACCACCGUGACCCCUUUGUGGAGGCGAGACGAAGCCGGACAUCCCAUCUGCAAUGCCUGUGGCCUGUACCACAAGCUCCAUGGUGCACAUAGACCCACAGCAAUGAAGAAAUCCACCAUCAAGAGGAGGAAGAGGGUUGUCCCUGCAUUAGGUGACGGUUCACAAGAAGUGGCCUUGAGGUCGAACGAUCCUCGGAAUACAACCUCAUCCCCUGGAUCGCCCUACCUUGCUCCUUCGCUGCCCGUCCACCUCGAGCGAAGACCACCUCAGCACCGAAGAGCGCGUCCGAAAAGCACGAUCAAUGGGGAAGACCAGCAGCCCAGUCCGGAAGCUGGUAAUUUUCCUGAAAGAAUAGUUUCACGCUCACCUCCCACCAUCGAUUUCACUGGCUACAAGCCCACCUCAGCCUCAACCGUCAGCACUAACGGCCUCGGUAGCAGCAGAAAGCGACACCUAUCUCUGUCAGACGCUUCAGCAGAGCACCAUCUCGCGAAUGGCCACAAGAAUGAUGCCGGCGGCGAAAGCUCCAAAACCACGGUGGACGAAAUGCAGCUGGAACCGUCUCUGCGACGGGCAAAAUCACCAGCAACGACAACAGAGCAGACACAUACACCAACGACAGAUGGCGAAAGCUACAAAGCAGAGAGGAAGGUGCAAUUGCAGAAAGAGAUUGAUGGAAUUCGGGAAGCGCUGAGGAUGAGGGAGCGGGAAUUGGAAGGUCUGGUGUAA